AUCAGGAGCUGCCAUGACACCAGAGGACCUCUUAAACACUUUGGAUGAUCUUGGCAACGAGGAUUUCACCAGAUUCAAAUGGUUCCUGCAGCAACCAGACUGCCUUGAGGGCCUCCCGGUCAUCAGAAAGGGUCGCCUUCAGGCAGCAAACAGAGAGGACACUGUUGAUCUGCUGGUCCAGACCUACACACUUCCUGGAGCGCUGGGCGUCAUCAGGGAGGUUCUAGAAAAGAUCCACAGGAAUGAUCUUCUCCACAGUUUGUCUGUCAGCAGCUCAGAACCAGAAGUCCAUGGCAGGGAUGAUGAGGAGUCUUCUGGGAGCAUGGCACAGGCCUCUCUGACUCUUCCUCCAAGAGAAGAUGUGGUGGUUCGGGCUCCUGAGCCGCAUCCCAUCGCUUUCUACCAGCAGAUGCUUCAGUCGAACUUCCAGGACAAGUUCAUGUGUGCUGAGGAGGGCUGGGCAGAGGACAAGCAGCGUCUGGUUGACGUCUACACGGAGGUCUACGUCACUGCCGGGCGUGACGUCCACAUCAACACGCAACACGAGGUCAGGCAGAUUGAGAAUGUGUUGAAGCCAGCCGGGGAAACGGCAGUGAAACCCAGAGACAUGUUCAGUCAUCCUUCAGGAGAGUACCAGCCCAUAAAAACGGUUCUGACCAAUGGGAUAGCAGGGAUUGGAAAAACUUUCCUUGUGCAGAAGUUUGUGUUGGACUGGGCUGAACGACGAUCCAAUCAAGACGUGGAUCUGAUUUUCCCCUUCACCUUCCGCCAGCUGAAUCCACUGAGAGCAGAAAGACUCAGUUUAGCUCAGCUCAUCCACGAAUGCAUCCCAGAAACUGUAGACAUCAGAGAGGAGGCUCUGAAUUACAUCUUUAAAGCGCUGCAGUCUUCUGGAAACAGCAACUUUGACAAAAGUAGAUUUAAACUUCUGUUUGUGUUUGAUGGACUGGACGAGAGCCGGCUUCAUCUGGAUCUUCACGUCGACGACGUCCGAUCUGUCGACGUGACAAAGACGAGCACAACCGACGUUCUGCUGAGGAACCUCAUCAGCGGGAAACUGCUACGCUCUGCUCGGAUCUGGAUAACAUCCCGGCCGGCGGCAACCAAUCAGAUCCCUGGGCGGUUUGUCAGCAGCGUGAACGAGGUCAGAGGCUUCACCGACCUCCAGAAGGAGACGUACUUCAGGAAAAGAUUCAGAGGAGAAGAGCAGGCCGAGCAGAUCAUCGCCCACAUCCAGGCGUCCCAGAGCCUCCACAUCAUGUGCCACAUCCCCGUCUUCUGCUGGAUCGCAGCUUCGGUCCUGGAGGACGUGUUGAAGACCCGAGGAGCCGCAGAGCUACCCAACAGCCUGACGGACAUGUACACAGAGUUCCUGGUGUUCCAGAUCCACCAUACUAAACAGAAAUACGGCUCCCAGGCGUCUCUUCACUACAUCAAAUCCUUAGCUAAACUAGCUUACCAGCAGCUGGAGAAGGGCAACCUGAUCUUCUACAAGAAGGAUCUGAUAGAGAGCAAUGUGGACUUCAAAGAAGCCUCAGUGUUCUCCGGCGUAUUCACAGAGAUCUUCAAAGAGGUACGUGGCAGGAAAGGCAAAGACGAGAUGUUUAGCUUCGUCCAUCUGAGCGUUCAGGAGUUUCUGGCUGCUGUUUAUGUCAGGAUGUCUCCUAGCAACAGCAGCAAAAUAUCAUUUUUCAGGCAACGAUCAAUGAAAAACCUUCAACUCAUAUUAAACCAAACAUCUUCAAAGAAGAUUCACAGGAUUUACAUCAACAAGGCCUUGCAGUCUCCAAACGGUCACCUGGACUUGUUCCUCCGCUUCUUUUUAGGUCUCUCUCUGAGCAGCAGCCAGGGUAAACUGAAGGAGCUGCUGAACCUGACAAUCUGCAGCUUGGAAACCAAACGGAAAACUGUUCAGUACAUCAAGAAGAAGAUCAGUGAGAAUGUGUCUGUAGAGAAAAGCCUCAACCUGUUCCACUGCCUGAACGAACUGAACGAUCGUUCUCUGGUGGAGGACAUCCAGCGGUACCUGAGCUCAGGAAGUCUCUCUGCAGACCAGCUGUCUCCAGCUCAGUGGUCCGCUCUGGUCUUUAUCCUGCUGUCUACUAAAGAUCUGAACGUGUUUGAGUUGAAGAAGUACUCGGCGUCAGAGGAGGCUUUUCUGAAGCUGCUGCCGGUGGUCAAAGCUUCCAGCAGAGCGCUGCUGAGUGAAUGUAAUCUGACAGAGAGAAGCUGUGAGGCUCUCGGCUUUUUGCUCAUUUCUGAGUCAUCUGGUCUGAAAGAUUUGGACCUGAGCAAAAAUAUCCUGCAGGAUUCAGGAGUGAAGCUGCUGCUGGCUGGAAUGCAGAGUCCUUUGUGUAAACUCCAGGCGCUCGGGUUAUCCCGGACAGGCAUCACAGGGAAAAGCUGCCAGGAGUUUUCAUGGGCCGUCGGCUCAACGUUCUGCUGUCUGACGGUUCUGGACCUGAGCAGCAACGAGCUGCAGGACUCAGGAGUGAAGCUGCUCUGUGCGGCGCUGCUGCGUCCGGACUGCACUCUGGAAACUCUCAGGUUAAGUCAGACGUCUCUCACAGAGGCAUGCUGUGAGGAGAUCUCAGCAGUUUUCUGCACCCAGUCCUCCAGACUCAGACAAGUGGACCUGAACAACAACGACCUCAGAGACGCAGGGAUGAAAUGUCUUUCUGCUGGACUUCAGAGCUGCCACUGCUCUGUAGAAACCCUCAGGUUGUCGGGCUGCAUGAUCUCUGAGGAUGGCUGCGUGUUCCUGGAGUCGGCGCUGAGGUCCAACCCGUCCGGUCUCAGAGAGCUGGACUUGAGCUACAAUCACCCAGGAGACGCAGGAAAACGUCUUUCUGCUCGACUGGAGGAUCCGCUCUGCAAGCUGCAAACUCUGCGGCUGGAUCACGGCGGAGAGCGCCGCCUGAAGCCCGGGCUGCAGAAAUAUUUCUGUGAGCUGCUUCUGGAUGGGAACACGGCUCACAGGCGGCUGCAGCUGUCCGCCGGCAGCCGCCAGGUGGCGCGGGUGAGCCAUCAGCAGCCGUAUCCGGAUCACCCGCAGCGGUUCCACUUCUGCCAGCUGCUGUGCAGCGAGGCGCUGGCGGGCCGCUGCUACUGGGAGGCGGAGUGGCGGGGCACGGUGCACAUCGCGGUGAGCUACGGGGGCAUCCCACGGAGGGGAACCAGAGACCAGUGCCUGUUCGGGAGGAACCACCAGUCCUGGAGCCUCUGCUGCUCGGCGGUCGGCUACUCGGUGAGCCACCGGCGGCGGGACGCCGUCCUGUCCGCCUCCUGCGCCUCCAACAGGGUGGCGGUGUACGUGGACGUUCCCGCCGGCGUCCUGUCCUUCUACUGCGUCUCCUCCGACUCCCUGCUCCACCUCCACACCUUCAGCACCACCUUCACCGAGCCGCUCUACGCCGGGUUCGGGUUCUGGUUCGGCGGCUUUGGGCAUUCAGUCGCUCUGCAGGACAGCCCGAAAUAAUAAUGCAGAUGUUUUACCAGAGUACAUGAAUGGGUCAGUUUAUGGAAAAUAAAAGUUCUGGCAGAAAAUAAUGUUUGUUUUUCAUGACUGAUUUUUUCCAUCCUCAGAUCAUUUCCGUGGUUCAUUAGUGGUAAAAUCUGAAGUUAUUGGGAAACUUUUCAUAUUAAUCUGAUUCAAUGCUACUUCAUUUAUUCAGAGUUUUACAGUAAAACAAAAACACAUAAAGGCUGGAGGCAGGAUUUCCAGAAGAUUAUUCAGUUAUAAAUAACAAGUAACCAGGAAACGAGAAAAUAUCCAGAGCCGACAGAACAUCCAACUUUUUAUUAUUUUAUUAAAAUCUGAGCUGAUCCAGACCAGGACAGAAGCUGUUCUGCUGCUGGUUCUGCUGGUUCUGCCUUAGAGGAGGAUGAAACCAGACGGCUGAUCUGGGUUGUUCUGAUGGUUCCUGUUGAUCGUUUCGUAGCCGUCUUAGUUCAGCUGGAGCCUCAACUGGUGUUCCUCUGGGUCGGGCCUGGUUCUGGAGUCGGUUCCUCUGGGUCAGGCCUGGUUCCGGAGUCGGUUCCUCUGGGUCGGGCCUGGUUCCGAGGCCGGUUCCUCUGGGUCGGGCCUGGUUCCGGGGUCGGUUCCUCUGGGUCGGGCCUGGUUCCGGGGUCGGUUCCUCUGGGUCAGGGAGUCAGUUCCUCUGGGUCGGGCCUGGUUCCGAGGCCGGUUCCUCUGGGUCGGGGAGUCAGUUCCUCUGG